AUAGCACUCUCGCUUGAAUCAGUUUAUAAAGCAGUGUCAAGUUUGUAAAAAUGUAUUUAAUAUUAAAACCAAAAACAUUUGUAUAUUUUAUAUAUUUAGCAAGUCACAUUUUUUCUUUGGAGAUUGAUGAUUAUGAAUACAAACGAGUCGAAGAACUGAACGAUAAAGUAGCAUUGGAUCCAGAAGUAUUUCUUUACCGCACAUUGUCUGCUAUCCAGUGUAUUUCACAAUGUGCUUUAAUUCCAAACUGUGAGUCGGUGUUCUAUUUUCAAUCAUCUUGCAAAGGUUAUUCUGCCGUUUAUUCGCCGAGUUCUUCAAAUUUGGGUUCAAAAUACGGAGCCCGUUAUUAUAUAGACAAACAAGCAAAGGCCGGAACAACCGAGAGCAACACUGAGGGUACAACAACCUUAUUCGAAUUUGAUCAGACAACAAGCAUAAGUACCCAGUUUGCUACAACUAGAAACACCAUGCUAGAUCUAUGUAAUGCUCUUGGUCCUAGUGGUUAUAUUUGGGAUAUAUCACUUAAAAUGUGUUAUCAUCUAAACACCAUCGAGCUGAUUGCCGUUGACGCCAUCGCAAGAUGCCAGUCGGAGCAUCCAAACAGUCGUCUCUUGUUGAUAGACUCGGAUGAAAUUUACAAUUUUGCUGUUUCAAUUAUCGAUACGUUUAACACUGGACCGAUAUAUCUACAAGGAACUAGGUCAGGACCCAACUUUAUUGACGAUGACGGGCAGGUUAUAACCUACUUCAACUGGGAUGCGGGAGAACCUGGUAGUGGUACCUACCUUCGCACUGACACCAGUUCACGUUUACAAGAGGCAUCCAGCGGAGGGGGCGCUUAUAAGUUCAUUUGUCGUUUAUACUGAAAAUCUAGACUCUCGUAAGUUAAAGAGGCUUGGUCACGAUUUUGGUAAAAUAUGAUUUUUUGUUAACAGUGCUUCACUAGGGCAUUUUUAAUGGGCAACCAAAAUUUGAGUGUCAAUCGUUGAGUUACAAGCGAAUUACUGAGUUACAAUUCUUUGCAAUGCAAACAAAGCUUUUGUUUACAUUUUGAAUGUUGACGUGAAAAUUCCAGUUUUAGACUUAAAAUGAAUGUGUUAAAUAUUAGAAACUGUCUAGCUAUGCCUAAAAUGAAUAAGAAGAUAAACAAAUUACUUUGAAAAAGAUUUUUACUUGUAUAUUGAGCCUGUUUAAACAAAAACAGGGCACAAGCCUUGUUUACAUGACAAAGAUUUAAAACUCUACGACUGACUCUCAAACGUCUUCUAAUCACUAGAAAUGCUUUUUUUAAAGCAUUGUAAUUAAUAAAAACAGAAAAAUAAAAUUUGACCAAAAUCGUGACUAUGCCCCUUUAAAAAAGAAUUUCAAGACUGACACCAAUGCACGUUUACAAAAGGAUUUUGGGAACUACAAUUUGGAAAUUUAUAUCCCGAUUGCAUUGAACAGUCAAGAUUUUCCAGAGUACCAUUUAACACUACUGUUGAUACAAUGCUGUUUUACCGUCAUUCGUAUUAUGUGUUAAAGUCAUUUGAAAAGGUUUGUACAUCACCUGUCGUAUUUAGCUGCAGGUCUGUAGCUCCCGGUCUGAAAAAAAAUACUCGCCAUCAAACUAGGAAGAAAUAAAUUAUAUAUUUCCCCUUUGUUUGGGACUGUCGAUUUAAGUAAAAAGAAAAGUAAUGUUCGAAAAACCACUUGUUUCUGAGAAAUAUUAGUCGAUGUUGUAACGAAAGGUAUAUAUGCCUGUAAGUAGAAACCCGAUUCACCCCGUUCGUAACGCAUUUAACACUCGGGAAGUUUAUUUCGUUUUUAGUGGGUCAUUAUCUGAAAUACUUUAGAUGUAAUUUAUUGUUAGUAAGACACAUUCCAUGUGUAUUAGACUUUGAAAUAGUUGUACCCGUAUUACAGUGAAUUUAACGCAAUAACGACAACGGUGAGAUAUUUGAUACCAAUGUUUUGCCAUUGAUAAGUCAUCAUAACCGUAUGCUUGUUCGACGCUUCAUAAAUAUUUUUAGAUCCAAGAAAUAUUUAAGACCAAAACAUAAUGAAUGUGUAACCUGUAAGAGUAGUUUUUUGUAUUUAUUUACCGGUAGAUAGUAAUCAAGUAGCUCUUUACGAAACCCUAAAACAACACUAUAAAACUGGAAUAUAACUUAACAAGCACAGUUGAAAAUAUAUGUGGAAAUACUUUGAAAGAAGAAUGUUUUCAUUGAUAUUAUAUUUUUAUUUCAUUAUGAAAACUUUCACACGGAUGAUGUGCCCUAAAAACAGCUGACAUAGUUCUCUCACUUUAUUCAGAAAUUGUUCAGAAAAAAUUGAAAGGGACGAAAAUUGUUAACUUUUUGUAUUAACACAGUUGUGGUAUUGUAGUUAUUGUUUGCAUUAUCUAAAAUUGAAAGCUCUCUGUUUUUAUAAUGUAACAUUUAAUGUGUUGACUCAGGUUGGGCAUUGAUUGUUUUAUUCAAUAAUCAGAUGGAAUUUGACUAAAAAGGCCGCCAUAGAUUUAAAUCACCUUGUUCAUUUUGUCCAAUAGUUAAUGUCUGAGACCGCAGUCUUUUCACCACAUUUGAAUAGGAUUGACGCAAAUGACGUCUAAAAUUUGAUUUUCAUACCAAAAUAAUUAUGACCUACAUUACUAAUGUCUGUGUACG